UGGGUUAGUUGUUUUUGACUCUCUCACAAGAAAAAAAAGAUGAUUCAAUUUGUUUGUAAUACCUACAAUUUGCUCAAAGUGUCGCUGUCUGCCAGCUUUACUUAGCGACGAUACAUCACGUUAUCCUACACGCUUACACAUUUGUAAAUCACGAGAGAUUGGUCGGUGUUUAACUCAGCGCAUUUCAUUUUUCUUUUUACGAUUGGACUGCAGUUGCUCUUCGAAAAGGAUCCCGCUCGGUCAUACCAUUUAGAAAUCUUGGCCUUCGUUGAUAAGGCACUGCUUUUUCAGGAAAAUGGGAGACAAAGCAUUUUCCGUGCUUGGCCUGGUUACCUCUUGGGGAGUAUUUUUUCUUGCACUGGAUACCGUAUGUGGAGAUGUGGCAUAUUCUCUACCAGAGGAGAUGAAACGCGGCUCAGUUGUUGGAAAUAUAGCUAAAGAUUUGGGACUUGACUUGGGCAAACUGACUGCUCGAAAAGCUCGCAUAAAUGCAGAUGGAAAUAUCAAACGGUAUUGUGACAUUAAUCUCAAUACGGGAGAUAUCAUUGUUGCCGACAGGAUUGACAGAGAGGGGCUUUGUGGCAAAAGGGCAUCUUGCAUUUUAAAACAAGACCUUGUUUUAGAGAAUCCGUUAGAGCUGCACCGAAUUAGUGUUCACGUCCAAGAUAUCAAUGAUAAUUCACCACAGUUUAAAAAGGGUACUAAAACAUAUGAGAUCAGGGAAUCGGCUGUGAAGGGAAGUCGCUACCGUUUGGAUGAGGCCCACGAUGCAGACAUUGGCCCAAACGCUAUACAGGGCUACAGUAUCGAGGCAAAUGAAAACUUCAGAUUGAAUGUUAUUGCAAAACCUGGAGGGGGUAAAUACAGUGAAUUGGUUCUAGAGAAAGAGCUUGAUAGAGAACAACAGCGGGAGCUAACAAUAGUGCUUGUUGCAACAGACGGAGGAACACCUCAGAGAUCAGGCACUGCAGCCAUACACGUCACUGUCCUGGAUGCUAAUGAUAACGCCCCAGUGUUCAGUCAGGCCGUUUAUAAAGCCAGUCUGCCUGAAAACUCUCCCUUAGAUACUGUGGUGGUCACAGUGAGUGCUACUGAUGCAGAUGAGGGAGUUAAUGGAGAGGUGACUUAUGAAUUUGAUCACAUAUCAGAUGAAAGUAGCGUUUUUUCUCUUGAUCAGACCACCGGUGAAGUGAAAGUAAGUGGAUCAAUAGACUUUGAGGUGUUGUCUACAUAUGAACUACAAAUUACAGCCAAGGAUGGGCUUGGUUUAGUAUCAUCCUCUACUUUAAUGAUUGAUAUUACAGAUGUCAAUGAUAACGCCCCUCUUACGUCCAUUACGUCACUGACUAAUCCCAUACCAGAAGAUACCCCACCUGGUACAGAGGUGGGCAUCAUUAACGUGCAGGAUAGAGACUCUGAGACUAACAGACAGGUCCGCUGCUCCAUUCAGCAAAAUGUCCCUUUUAAGUUGGUUCCUUCUAUUAAAAACUAUUAUUCUGUGGUGAGCACAGGACAACUGGACCGUGAACUAGUGUCUGAUUACAACAUUACAAUCACUGCCACUGACGAGGGCUCUCCACCUCUGUCCUCCUCUAAAACUGUUCAGUUAUCUGUAGCAGACAUCAACGACAACCCACCUGUAUUUGAGGAACAGUCGUACAGCGCAUAUGUGAGUGAAAAUAACAAACCUGGCUCCACUUUAUGUUCCGUUAGUGCUCGAGACCCCGACUGGAGACAGAACGGUACAGUGGUUUAUUCUCUGUUAUCCGGUGAGGUGAACGGUGCCCCGGUGUCCUCCUAUGUGUCUGUAAACGGAGACACGGGGGUGAUCCACGCUGUGAGGUCGUUUGAUUAUGAACAGUUUAGGAACUUUAAAGUGCACGUGAUGGCCAGAGACAACGGUUCUCCUCCACUCAGCAGCAACGUGACCGUGAGUGUGUUCAUAUCGGAUGUGAAUGACAACUCUCCUCAGAUACUGUACCCCGCCCCUGAGGGCAUCUCCUUCAUGACCGAGCUGGUCCCCAAAGCUGCACACGGAGGCUCUCUGGUGUCCAAAGUGAUAGCGGUGGACGCGGACUCCGGACAGAACGCCUGGCUGUCCUAUCAUAUAGUGAAAUCCACUGAUCCGGGACUUUUCACUAUUGGUGUCCACAGCGGAGAGAUCAGGACCCAGCGGGACAUUUCUGAGUCUGACAGCAUGAAACAGAACCUUAUUGUGUCAGUGAAAGAUAACGGACAGCCCUCUCUGUCUGCCACCUGUUCCAUGUAUUUACUGAUUUCUGAUAACUUGGCUGAGGUUCCAGAACUGAAGGACAUUUCUUAUGAUGAGAAGAGCUCCAAACUGACCUCUUAUCUGAUCAUCGCGCUGGUGUGUGUGUCCACUUUUUUUCUGACCUUCAUCAUCAUCAUCAUGGGUGUGAGGUUUUGUCGCAGGAGAAAGCCCAGACUGUUGUUUGACGGAGCAGUCGCCAUCCCCAGCGCUUAUCUUCCUCCUAAUUACGCAGAUGUUGACGGCACCGGGACUUUACGCAGCGCUUACAAUUAUGACGCCUACCUGACGACAGGGUCUCGAACCAGUGACUUUAAGUUUGUGUCAUCUUACAAUGACAACACACUGCCUGCUGACCAGACUCUGAGGAAAAGCCCGACAGACUUUGCUGAUGUUUUUGGAGACUGUGAUGACUCUCCUGAGGUAGGAUCAUGAGACAAGUUUUUGCUUGACCUCUUGCAACAGUAAUCACUUCAUUUCUAGAUGAAUUU